UCUCUCCUCAAAGUUCUCCUCCUCAUUUCGUGUCUCAAAGGGGACAAAAAUCGUACUCCCUCCCCCUCAAAGCCUUUUUCGUAUCUCUUCGGCUCCGAAAUCCGAAUCCCCUCGUCGCCCGAACCCUAAAACCCAAAUCCCCCAAACCCUAGCCAUUUCCCAUUCCCCACCUUCCUCCCUUCCUCCCCUUUCGAAAACCCUAGCUAGGGCAGAGUAAACCCUCUCGUGACGAUCGAUUCGGUUCGGCGGCGCCCGGAAAUGGAGGGGCAGGAUGCGGCGUCGGCGGUGGGGAAGGAGGGGGCGGCGGAGGAGGACGGGGUCGUCUCCGCGUCGGCGCUCGCCAAGGAGGCCGCCGUUCUCUUCCAGAACCGACGCUACGCGGAGGGCGUCGACAUCUUGAAGCAGCUGCUGCUGAAGAAGCAGGACGAUCCCAAGGUCCUUCAUAACAUAGCUGUUGCAGAAUACUUUCACGAUGGUUGCCCUGAUCCAAAGAAGUUGCUGGAUGUUCUUGACAGGGUUAAGAAGAAAUACGAAGGCCUUGCUCAUUCAUCGAGGGAACAAGUUGAAGCUGCCAAUGGCAUUGCAAGCAAUGCCACUGUGGGAUCCAGGGGAAACUCAAAUGCAGCACAUCAGCUUUCUUUUGUGAAUAAUAGCUUGGUUGCAUAUUCAGAAGAGUUCGACACAUCAAUCGUUAAAUUCAACACUGCAGUUAUCCUCUAUCAUCUGCAUGAUUAUGGGCAAGCAUUAUCAGUUUUAAAUUCGUUAUACCAAAAUAUUGAACCUAUUGAUGAGACAACUGCGCUUCAUGUGUGCCUUCUCUUAUUGGAUAUUGCAUUGAUGUCCCAAGAUGCAACGAAGGCAGCAGACAUAAUUCAAUACCUGGAGAAAUCUUUUGGUGUUGGUAACACAAUAAACCAAAAUGACAAUGGAAGCAUGAUCCAGCACCAUUCUUCGAACCAACAUAAACUCCUUGCAAAAAGUAAUACUGCUCCUGAUGUCUCUAAUUCUGAUUCAACUGCGGUCGAGAACCCUUUGGUGGGGAAUUUAUCUGAUGACUCUCUUGAAUACGAGACAUUAUAUUCAACCUUGGAUAGUGGGGCCCAAAACCUGGGUCGGCCCUCACGGAAUGACCUCUCAAAGACCUCUGCCGAUCUUGCUGCUUCUGCUGCUGAUCUAAAGCUUAAAUUACAGCUUUAUAAAGUCCGGCUUCUACUUCUUACGAGAAACAUAAAGGUCGCGAAGCGUGAGCUUAAGCUUGCAAUGAAUAUGGCACGUGGUAGAGAUUCGUCUAUAGAACUCCUCUUGAAGUCUCAGUUAGAAUAUGCACGUGGUAACCAUCGAAAAGCUGUGAAACUUUUAAGUGCUCCUACUAACAGAACCGAGCCAGCAAUGCUCACUAUGUUCUACAACAAUCUUGGAUGCUUGCAUCACAAGCAAAAAGCUCACAACACGUCGAAUUUUUUCUUUACAAAAGCACUGAGACAAAGCUCAUCUUUUCAAUCAGAGAAGCCCUUGAAGCUUGCCACCUUUUCUCAGGAUAAAUCCCGUCUUAUUUCAUACAACUGCGGUCUACAACACUUGGUCUGUAGAAAGCCGGGGAUUGCAGCGCGGUGCUUUCGAGAAGCCGUUCCGCUGUUCUACAACCGGCCACUGUUCUGGCUUCGGUUUGCUGAGUGCUCUUUAUUGGCUUUAGAGAUGGGGCUUCUAAGUUCGAGAAGUGAUUCUUCUUCUUGUUCCGAUGGAGAGAUUAUUAAAGUUCAUGUUGUGGGUUCGGGUAAAUGGCGGCAAGUAGUUGUAGACCCAGUCAACUCGGCCAACAACUAUUCAGGUUCAGGAGGAGAUUUGUUGUCACUUUCAUUUGCCCGCCAAUGUCUUCUAAAUGCUCAAUUAUUGCUGGAUACCUCUGAAGAGAAAACAGCAAAAACUGGUCUGUCAACUGCUGCAUCAGAAGCCAACAAUAUAAAGCAAGCAAUUACGGUGAGCUCUGAUAUAAAGGCCAAUGCAAAUGGAGAUCCUAAAGGAGGUGCGAGUUCGAUUGCCACCUUGCAGAGCUCUGUUGCUUCGUAUGAGGAUAUGUGCAGAAAAGAGAACCACAAGAUUAAGCAGGCCAUCCUCGUAGACCUAGCGUUCACCGAGCUUUGCUUGGGGAACUACUUGCAAACACUUUCUGUCGUAAAAGCAGUUCAGCAGAUGCCCGAUUGCUCAAGAAUGUAUGUUUUCUUAAGCCGUUUAUACGCAGCAGAAGCACUCUGUCACCUCAACAGGCCUAAAGAAGCUGCAGAGGAGUUAGCCACUUAUAUCGCUGAGGGGAAAAACACCGAAUGGCCAUUCAACGAUGAAGAUCUAGAGAAGUGGUUCGAAGAAAAGGGCAGCAGCGACAGUGAUGAUAAUGUAAAUGGUUCAACUAAUAAGAAAUCGAUUUCUGAAGAGUGCAAAUAUUUGUGGAGUUUGAAGCCCGAGGAGGCUCGAGGAAUGCUUUAUGUGAACCUAGCUGUUAUGUCGGCCGUGCAGGGUGAUCUCGAACAGGCGAGCAGUUUCAUGAAGCAGGGUCUUGGAUUUUUGCCCGAUAACCCAAAAGCGCUUCUUGCUUCACUUUACCUGGAUCUUUUGCAAGGAAAGGCACAAGAGGCUCUCCCCAAGUUGAGACAAAGUAGGCAUGUGAGAUUCCUAAGAAGCAGUGUAACAGUUAGCAGCUAAUUGGUGGUUUAAUGGAACUUGGUAUGGAAAUACCUCUCAACCCCAACCCUACUAGUGUAUGUUCAGCUAGAUGAGAUUUUCUACAUCAUUUAUGUACCAUAAUAACAAUGGGUCUUAGAAUAAGUUUUCUCUCUCUCUCUCUCUCUCUCUCUCUCUCUCUCUCUACCUUUUAUAAGAAUCUCCUUCUUGGCUCUUUUGCUUCACGAGUGCUGGGGCAGAUGAUUUACAUCUGCUAAUCACCUUAUAUUUACAUUGACAGAGGCAAAAGUGAAAUUCAAAAGCCUUUCUGAUUCGAAUUUUUCA